CCCUCUGCUCCCCCUCACUCCUGCAAGGAAAAUAGACACUGGUCCAAAGAACACUCCUCCCCUCCUUCCUCCACAGAGACAUUGCUUUCUCCCUCUUUAAACCAUGAUCUGGCUCCCAGCUUUCCUCGGCGCAUGUUUCCCCUCUGAGCUUGCUCGUGUCAUGACACAGUGCAGCGAAGGGUCGCAGUGGUCCCCUCUAACGCCACGGGAACCCCAAAGACGUGGACUCUUUUCCAGUGCUUUGAGUUUGGUUACAUGAAAUAUGCCAUGUUCGCAGGAGUGCACGGUUCUUUUUCUGCUGCACUUUGUUUUGAGUUUGGCAGCUGGCCACGAAGGGCUCUCGGUCUCUGGCAGUCUCCUCUCCUUCUUUGCAGAACAAGGUCAUUUGUCAGAGUCAGAACUGUCCAUUGUCCACCCAGUGAAAACCGGCGCAGAUGGAGGAUUCAUCUCCCACUCUUUGUCUCACCACUUUAAUGGUGGGAGAAUCAGGCGAGACUUGCAGUCCCAUUCUCAAGAGAAACAGGUUUACUACAAGGUAAUCUUCAAGGGAAAAACCUUAAUGUUCAAUUUGACUGCAAACAAUCACCUGGUUUCAAAUGACUACAUCGUGGAGAGCAGGAAUGGCAGUGCCAACAGGACUGAGCAUCGUCUUUCUGAUGGAAAUUCUUGCCACCUUCUUGGCACCGUGGAAGCGUCUGAUGUGCGAGGAACUGCUGCCAUCAGCACCUGCAGUGGGCUGAGAGGCUUCUUCGCCUUGGCAGAGGGACACUAUUUUAUAGAGCCUGUCCAGAAAUCUUCUGAUGAUCCUGCAGGGAGUCGAGAGCCCCACAUUAUCUAUGCAAGAGUUUCUACACAAAGUCAAAGAAAAAAACGAAGUCCUGAGUCCAAAAAGACGCCCAAUCCCUGUGGAGUUCGAGAUGCUCCAACUGACUCCAUCCAGGUGGAGAUGGAGAGGGAGGAAUGGGAGAGGGAGCAUCGGAGAGGGGAGGACCAGGGUCAAUCGCGUUCACGGCGCUCAGUCAGUAGAGAGCGUUGGGUGGAGACCAUGGUGGUGGCUGACUCCAAACUUAUCCAAUACCAUGGCAGUGAUAAUGUGGAGUCCUACAUCUUCACUAUCAUGAAUAUGGUGGCCGGAAUCUUUCAUGAUGCUAGUAUUGGGAAUGCCAUCCACGUCAUCUUGGUGCGCCUCAUUUUGCUACAUGGAGAGGAGAAAGGGUUGAAAAUUGUUCACCAUGCAGACACCACCUUGGCUAGUUUCUGUGCUUGGCAGAAAAACCUAAACCCCCAGAGUGACACACACCCGGCUCAUCAUGAUGUGGCUGUGCUGAUUACCAGGAAAGACAUCUGUGCUGGAAUGAACCAGCCAUGCGAGACUCUGGGUCUGUCUCAUCUGUCUGGGAUGUGUCAACCCCACCGCAGCUGCAACAUCAAUGAGGAUUCGGGUCUACCUGUUGCCUUUACAGUAGCUCAUGAAAUGGGCCACAGCUUUGGAAUUCAUCAUGAUGGCCAAGGGAACGACUGCGAGCUGGAGGGGAGACAUCCGUUUAUCAUGUCCAGACAGCUGAUGUAUGACAGCUCGCCUCUCACUUGGUCUUCCUGCUCCAAAGAAUACAUCACACGUUUCCUUGAUCGUGGUUGGGGUUUCUGUCUGGAUGACCGUCCUUCAAAGAGGGACUUAACCACGCCGCUGGCACGCCUCGGUGUACGCUACACCACACAUCACCAGUGCCAGCUCCAGUAUGGACCAAAUGCUACCUUCUGCACUGAGGUUGAUAAUGUUUGCCAGAUUCUUUGGUGUUCAGUAAAUGGUUCCUGCCGCUCUAAGCUGGACUCACCUAUAGAUGGUACUCGCUGUGGACCAGAAAAGUGGUGUAUCUCCGGAGAGUGUGUGAUUGUGGGUAAACUCCCAGAGACAGUGAAUGGAGGCUGGGGACAGUGGAGUACCUGGUCUUACUGCUCCAGGACCUGUGGUAUUGGAGUUCAGUCAGCAGAGAGGGAAUGUAACAACCCCAAGCCAGAAUUUGGGGGCAAGUACUGUACCGGUGAAAGAAAGCGAUACCGGACCUGUAACACAAAGCCCUGUCCAAAUAAUAUACCAACUUUUCGAGAGAUGCUGUGCAGUGAGUUUGACACUGUGCCUUACCACAAUGAGCUCUACCAGUGGAUCCCUGUGGCAAACCCAUUAAAUCCCUGUGAGCUUCACUGUCGACCAGUCAGCCAGUAUUUUUCUGAGAGGAUGUUUGACACCGUGACAGACGGAACACCGUGCUUCAUGAACAACAAGUCCAGAAACAUCUGCAUAAACGGCGUGUGCAAGGAGGUCGGCUGCGACUAUGGCAUCGACUCAAACGCAGUGGAGGAUCGUUGUGGAGUCUGUUUGGGCGACGGCACAAGCUGUGAGACAGUUUAUAAGUCAUUUGAUGAAGAAGGAGGCUUUGGGUACGUGGAUGUGGGUGUAAUACCUGAGGGGGCACGGGACAUCCUGAUAAAGGAAGUGGUGGAGGCAGGAAACUUCCUGGCUCUGAGAAGCGUGGGGUCAGACGAGUACUUUCUCAACGGCAACUAUAUCAUCCAGUGGAAUGGGGAGUAUGAGGCCGGCGGGACGACGUUCUUCUACGAGCGCAGUGGGAACAUGGAGAAUCUCACCGCUCCUGGACCCACCAAGCAGCCAGUCAUGCUUCAGUUGCUAUUUCAGGAGAAGAAUCCAGGUAUAAAGUACGAGUACACCAUUAAGAAGACCAAAGAGACAGAAAAUGAGAUCCUUGAGCCUAUUUACAGAUGGAGACACGGAGCAUGGACAGACUGCAGCACCACCUGCGGCUUAGGUGAGCAACACCAGCCUGUGCGCUGUUUUGAAGUGGAUGUGGGCGUAGUGGAUGAGUCUAUGUGUGACCCAGACAGCCGUCCAGAAGAUAGACACAGGAAGUGCAAGAAUAUGGAUUGUCCUGCAAGGUGGUGGGUUGGGGGUUGGCAGCAGUGUACAGCCACCUGUGGCUCAGACGGACUGAGGAAACGAACGGUUCUCUGUGUCCGCACAGUGUUGGGAGAAGAAAGAGUGCUCCACCCUGUGGAAUGCAAGCAUCUCCUAAAACCAAAGCCUGUGGUGCCGUGCAACAGAGACGUACCCUGUGGACAGGAGUGGCUAGUUGGCAACUGGGAAGAAUGCCCUGUCACAUGUGGAGGAGGUGUUCGCUCCCGUCUAGUCACCUGUGCACUGGCACCCACAAAGACCUGUGACCCCUCGACUAAACCUAGGGCCAGAUCACUGUGUGGCUUGCAAAACUGCCCAAACUCAAGUCUUCGUAGACGAUUUGGGCCUGCAUCUAAAUACCGCCGCAUAAACAUCACUAAACCUCACUCCACUAAGCAUCCUGGUUCUCCUUCAUGGAAUCCCAUGACCACCCCGGCCACUGCUGCACCUACAACUGCUAUCACUAGAACCAACAAGCAAAUUACAACUACCAUUUCUACCACCAUCUCCCUUUCAACUCCUGAAAUAAUAAAUGCAGAUGAUCAUGACUUUAACAGCAUGAUGAGGAAAAAUGAGGGUGAGAGAAGGAAAGUUUUCCCAGUUAAAUCCAAAUCUGCUGAAAAGGAUGGGGAAGCAGAUGAAAAAAAGGUAGACGAGGUAGAGGAAGAAGAGGAGGGUAGCACUCCAAAUGUGCUGCUCUUCACCCCAGGAUAUGAUUAUGUUGUUGAUCCGAUGACAGAGGAGGACAGGAUUAUUGAUCUAGAUGUUUUUACCACAGCUUCACCACUGAAAAAUCCUGUUAAAUCAACCACAACAGUAUCACACUCACUCAUCACACCCACUCUCCAAUUAAGUCCACUCACUGUGCACAUAACCAGGGCGCCAACCACAUCUGCAUACUCCACCCCACACACCAGUACUGAAACGUGGGCGAAAACCACUCACUUUUUAUCUGACCCCCACACCACCUCACAUGUUAAUCCCCCCUGGACACACCGGGUCGCGCUGACCACUCCCAUGUACAAGUACCGCUCAGUCACAUCAAAAACUGGUUAUCACGCAAGGAAAGCGCCUUCUACAACAGCAAGCAAACAAUCCACCAUGACAGCAUUACCACAGCCCACAUUAAAGACGAAUAAAAUGAAGAAGCUUGCUGUGACACCCAAAAAAACCACCACUGCCACUCGUGCUAAAAAGCCUACAUCCAGGGACAAAGGUAGUCAGUCUAAGAGCCAAAAGCAGCGAUCGGGACAUCAUAAGAGCAGCUCAGGAAGUGACCAAAGCAACUUGAUGGCCAUAGAGCCUGUCGAUGUGGAUGUAUUCUGGGUUGUAGGAAACUGGAGUGAGUGUUCAACAACAUGCGGGAUCGGAGCAGUGUGGAGGACAGUCAAGUGCAGCUCCCAGAACGACGAGGACUGUGCCAACGUGAAGAGACCUGAGCCUGCUCGUACCUGUCACCUGCAGCCCUGCGCCACCUGGCAAAGUGGCAGCUGGAGCAAGUGUUCGGAUGAUUGCGCGGUGGUGGGAAGGAGGUACCGUGAUGUCCAAUGUGUUGAUUCCCAGACUAAACGUCCUCUCAGACCCUUCCAUUGUCAAGUAGUGUCCAGCAGACCCCUUAGCACCUUGAUUUGCCCCCACAAGCCCUGUAUGAGCUGGAGUGCAUCACCAUGGGGACCGUGUUCUGCCAGCUGUGAUGAAGGUGUCAGAGAGCGCCUGGUGUAUUGCCCUGAGCCUCAUCGCUGUAGCAACACACUCAGGCCAAACAGUACUGAGCCGUGCAGUUUAAAACCGUGUACUUGGUGGAAGACUGGGGACUGGGAAAAGUGCUCUGUGAGUUGUGGUGGAGGCCAGCAACAGCGUGCUGUCAACUGUGUAAGCAAAAAGGAUUUGGCUGUAAUGCCAAACAGCCUCUGUGAGAAGAUUUCCAAACCAGAAACACUCAGGAAGUGCAAUAUGCAGGAAUGCAAGACAAACAAAGGUCCACUUUGCAAGAAAGACACCAUGUCCUCUCGCUUCUGUGACAAGCUGAAGCGAUUGGGUCGCUGCUCUCUCAGGUCGGUCCAGAAACAGUGUUGUAUCACCUGUGGGACAUAGGAUGUAUACGGUCCUGGCUAACUACAAUACUUACUGUAUCCUUCUGAAAUACUGGUAUAAAGCCAUGUCAUCCACAAUCUAGGAGACCAAAGUAUUAAUGACCACAUCAACAAGCUCCUCUUAAUCAACACAAACAAACAAGGAUUUCUUUUUUCCCACCAAUUUGGGGUUUUGUAUUUUAUUUUAUUUUAUUUUUUCUUGAAAUAUCAGAAAGGAAACAAACCAAAGCACUGAUGGUACACAUUUGGACCGUUACAAAUAUUGGAGAUGUUCAGUGUUAGAAGAAAUGCUUGAGCUAUACGAUUUUAAAUAUUUUCUUGGUAAAUCUAAAUGAUAUUUGAGAAGCACAAUUCAAAAGUUAUAAAAUCUCACCACGUAGUGUCAUAAAUUAGGUUAUAAAUUAAGACAAACAAUGGACAUUUCUUCUUUCUUAGUCCUUCGGAAAAUAUCUUUUUGUACUAAAGGUGCUUUUAUAGGUGAUGUGCUGAUGAUUAACAGCACAUGUUACUAUUCUUUUAUGUCUUUCUGAGAUGAAUGGUAAAUACAGAAUGUAAAUAAAGAUGUUCUAAUACUGAUAAUCUCAGACCAUUUUCACACAUGAACUUGGGUGCAGUCAUUGUCUGAAGUUAUCCUUCCUUCAUUGAGCAUUAUGGAGACGAGACAAUGACCUGCAGUACUCAUACACGGGCUUAAUUGGUAAUCGUAUGGACUUUGUGCUGUGGAGCUGGUGGAGCAAAGACACUUUAAUGUCUUUUAAUUUGAAUUUGCUGUCACACAAAUCCCAUGAAUAAUUCCUAGAAAAGUUCAGGGCUGCAGUUCAGUUCAUGCGCGAAAACGGUUUAAGUCGAUUUAUACUUUUUAUGAAUGAAUUUCUUUUUUUCUUUUAAAAAAAUGCUUGAACAUGUGUUUAUGUUCUGAGCUGGCACUGGAUGUUUACAUUAUCAUUGGUAUAUGUUCCUGCUUUUAGUCAUUGUUGUUACGAUUUUAAAGGAUAAUUAAAUCAGCUGCAGAAUCUGCACAAUCCUGCAGUUAAACCUGUGGUGCUUCUCCUCUGGUGUGAGAUUUACCAAUGAGAAGAGGUGUUGCAGGUCAUCCCUCUCAGGUCACUCUAAAGUUGGCCACUGUGUUUAAUGUGAUGUUGUACAGGCAUUAUCAUUGUCACGCCCUGGGUAUGUCACCCUGACUGAUUUGUCCUUCUCAUGGCUCCAUCAAUAAAUGUGACGAUAAAAGAAAAUUGUGCUGAACAUCCAUUUGUAAAUUUACACCUACACUGUUGCUUGAAUACC